AACUAGGACAAAAUAUUUCGCUAGCUUUAUCUGCUCUGCCAGUAGGGAGAGGUUGCGACGCAGUAUUCGUAGGAAGAAAAAGCUGAAAAUUUAACAGUAUUUAUGACUUUACACGUAUAAUUCUUCACAAGAUGUCAAUAUAAACACAUUUGAAAUAUUAGAAGUUAUUUUCCCUCGAGUUUUGGUGCAUUAAAUGGAGGAUAAGAAGGAAGACGGAGAGUCGGAAAUACAGGAACACGGACCGGAGCACUGGUUCUCAAAAUGGGAGCGGCAGUGUUUGGCCGAAGCGGAGCAGAUGGAGCCAGGCGAAGAGGAGCCCGACAACGAUCAGGAUAAGCUGUGGCAUCUUUUCCAGAACUCCGCCACAGCCGUGGCACAGUUAUACAAAGACCGGGUAUGCCACCAGCAGGGCCUGUCACUGUGGGUGCCAUUUCAGAACGCUGCUACAGCUGUGACAAACCUUUACAAAGAGAGUGUGGAAGCCCAUCAGAGAAGUUUUGAUCGAGGCAUCCAGAUAGGUCACCAACGUCGGAACAAGGACAUGCUUGCCUGGGUGAAAAAGCGCAGAAGAACCAUCCGUAGGGAGGAUCUCAUCAGCUUUCUGUGCGGCAAAGCACCACCACACAGAAGUAGCAGGACCAGCUCUCGGUUGGCCAUGGUGGCCCCCAGCCGGGCCAAUUCCCCAGCUGAGACUGGCUCAUCUGUGGAAACAGACCUUCAACCCUUCAGGGAGGCCAUAGCACUGCACGGUCUGAGUGGCGCCAUGGCGAGUAUCAGUGUGCGCUCCGGCGCUCCCAGUUCUCCAACGCACGUGAGCGGGAGCGGCAGCAGCAACACGGGUGGAGGUAGUUCGUCUGGCUCCGGACCCGUGUGCCGCAGCAGGCGUAACGGGCUCCAAGAUGUCGACCUGAACACUUUUAUCUCCGAGGAGAUGGCGCGACAUCUGGACCCCACGGGCUCUGCCUCCGCUGGAGGGGGAGGGACCAGGAAACGAAAUUCCACCCAAUGUACUGAUGUCAUCACGGACUCCCCCACGCACAAACGCAACAGGAUGAUCUGAUGUGAAGGUGGGAGGAGGGCGACGGGUGGAAGUACUGAUGCGUCGAUGCACCUACAGACCAUCAGGCGCACGGGCUGUAGUCGAAGUGUCACGGCUCUCAUGGAUGCUAUCUUUGUCUCCUUUAACACUAUACGUACAAAUCACUGAUCUACAAUCAGAAGUGUGUGUUUGCGUGCGCGCGCGUGUGUGAGAGAGAGCUAGAUGAAAGUCAACUUCACGCUUUUCUGGCCUAUGAAGGAGACGAUGAAGAGGUCUCUAAUCAGUUCUUGGAUCGAACACUUUUCAGGAGGUGGAAGAGCACCCUGACACAUCGGUGCCCUUCCUCUCCCUUACCGUCACUCAUCCUCACCCAUCACCUUAAUAAGGAAGUGAGGGCCAUGAUCAAACAGCUUCCCUCAGCAGAUGGACUUUUGUUUGUUGGACCUAACUUUGUCAAAGGCUCGGCCCUUCAUCAAGCAAACCAGCUUUGUUUUCUGUUACAUCAUCAUCACAGCUCUUGAAGGUGGAGCUGGUUCACCUGGUGUGGUGUCACCCAGCUAACCAGCUACAUAUCUGUCUGCUGGGGGCGGGGGGCGCUGAACCACCAGGAACAGCUUCUUAAUGUUUGGACGUUCAGGCCAGAUUCUCUGCUCACUGCUCGGCUUCAGACGUUCUCCAACUCAUCCACCAGUGUUAAACUUGUAGGCAGGCUGUUUGCAGCAGCUCUAGCUCCACAAGGAUUUUUCACUUUGCAUUUUUUGUUUUUGUUUCAAGACAACAGGAAGUUUUUGUGUGUACAUCUGCUCAAACGGGCCACGUGCUGACUGAUGCCCUCCCCUCCCUGCGUCUUCUCACGAAAGCAGCUUCUGUUUUUAUAUGCUCGUGCGAUGAUUCUGAUGAGUUGCAAUAAGUAUUUUUAUUUUAUUUUUUUUUGCACUUAGCUUCCACCUUUAACUCGUGUAAACAAAUCGACUCUUCCAUCGUAUUCAGCUCGUCCAGGCCCGCUUGUGUUUAGGUGCUUUUAAAAAAAGACGACCCCUCUCAGCAACCUCUUCAACAGUAUUUGUUCACCGCUGUGGAGCGUUUUCUGUUCAGUGCUCCAUUUAAAUUCAGAGUCCUUAAUUUUAUUUGACAAAAGAUUUAAUUUAUUGGGAAAUGAUCGGUGCUCCAAGGAAGUUGUAAAUUAAAAAAAGUUAUAUGGGCAUGUGUUAAGACCAAACAGAAGAUAAUCUUAAAGGGACGUGUGCAUUAAAAGAAAAAGAAAAAACUUAGGAAGCUUUCAUUUUUUUGGUGUAGAUUGAUGAAUUUGGGGAAGUAAUUUAAUUUAUAAGUUGUUGGAGACAAAGCUCACUGCCACAUGAGUCUGUAAAUUUAGGCACAAAGUACUUGAACUGAUUAGUUUUUAUUUAAUUUUGUGGGGCUCCAAAAGAUCAGAGCUAAACUGGAACUUGUUUGAACACUUGAUGGUAAAAGAUUUUAAAUCUUCGAGUUUAGAUAAUAAAUUUAAUAAUCCCACCUGCAGUAGGAAGUUUUCUGUUGAAGCCAUUGAAUCAGACUUUUGAUUUAUAAAUGUUUAUUAUUAUUCCCCAUUUGUUGAUCUGUUUGUGCCACUAAACAUUUUUUUUUGGCCUCAAAAGUUUGUAUCAAGUUGUAUAAAGCCUGUCAGCUUUACUCCGCUGUUACAGUUUGGUCACUAAUUUCAUACUUUGCAUUUUAAGCUUUUAUACUUGUACACAAACGUAGAGAUUUGUCAGUAAAUCAAAAAGUACUGGUAGUUGUGCACCUGAAGCUUCAGAACCAACAGAAUAAGUCCAGAUUAACGUUCGCGGCAAAAUGAAAGAUGUGUAAGAAUUAUUUCAUGUUUCUGGAUUACUAUGAAAAAUGUUGCAUUUCAAGCCAGAUUUUACUGUGUACUCAUUACAAAAUACUUCACAGGAAAACGAAAGGAAGCCAGUGGAUUAGUAAGACGCUUUUUAUAAUUCAGUAAAGUGUUUUUGCUCAACAAAAUGGAAGCGGUGACCGCUCUGUUGUCGUUUACAGCGAGGUCACGUUCUGACCGCAUAUAGAAAGAAGUUUGAGCAGUCACACAUGACUGGUCCAAACUCCUGUCCUGUCUGCAGCCAGUGCCCCAAACUGGUUAGUGUGGUCACAGAGAAGGUGGCACUUUUUGUUUAGUUUUUCCAUCCCUUAGCCAGUCAGAGUGUUCGUCUAUAUGAUUUCAAAAAGGCCGACUCAUGCCACACGUCUCUGGAGCCAACUGAUCCUUUGUCAAACAAAACCAUAAAUGGCUAAUUAUAACCUUAACAGAUGAUUGUUGGUAUAAUAUAUGUGGUUCACAUUGUAAAAUAAAUAAAACCUUGAGU